AUGGCAGAGACAUCCGCGACCGUACUCGUCCUUCACGGCGCAAAGGACCUCCGAGUGGAGAAACGCACCGUCUCAGCACCAUCCGGCAGCGAGGUCCAAGUUGCCAUCCAAGCAACCGGCCUCUGUGGCUCAGAUCUACACUACUAUGCCCACGGCCGUAACGGCGACUUCGUCGUCCGCGAGCCAAUGUGUCUCGGCCACGAAUCCGCCGGCACAAUCACUGCCAUCGGACCCAACGUAACCACCCACAAAGUCGGCGACCGCGUCGCCCUAGAAGUCGGUCUUCCCUGCCGCAAAUGCGCCCUCUGCCAACAAGGCCGUUACAACAUUUGUCCUCAAAUGCAGUUCCGCAGCAGUGCAAAGGUUUUCCCCCACCUCGAUGGCACGCUCAUGGAGCGCACAAACCACCCAGCCGAGCUGUGCCACGCUCUCCCCGCAAAUGUUACUGACGCCGGCGGUGCUCUCGUGGAGCCCCUCGCUGUCUGCCUCCACGCUAUCCGCCGCUCACGCCCUCCAACUAAGGAACAAGUUCAGAUCGCCAGCUCAACAGGUGAAGCCACGGCGGCCCUUGUCCUCGGCGCUGGCGCUAUCGGUCUCCUUCUCGCCUCUGCACUAGCCGCAAGUGAGAAUUUCACCUCCAUCGUCGUGGCCGAUAUCGAUGCUUCGCGUCUCGAGAUCGCUGCUUCCCUCGGUUUGGGCCUGAAGACUUUCCUCAUCCCUCGCGGAGAUCCUGCGAACCCUCCUCCCGCCAAGGAUGCCCCACACGCUGAGCAGACUGCUUGGGCAUUCGCCAGUGCACAGAAGGUCGCUACUUCCCUUAUCGCUGCUGCAGGUACUGACGGUGGACUGACUGUUCCCGGAUUCAACCGCGUCUACGAUUGCACUGGUGUGCCUUCUUGUGUGCAGGCGGGUGUCUAUGCAUCUCAGCCCGGUGGUGUGCUUGUCCAGAUUGGCAUGGGUAACCCCAUCCAAACUCUCCCCGUUGGCGCAGCAGCUCUUCGCGAGGUCGAUAUCAUUGGUACAUUCCGCUAUGAUGGACAUGCAUACCCCGCUGCCAUUGCCUUGUUGGCCAGUGGUAAGAUGCAGACGACCGAGGCAAAGGUCGUUACCCACCGGGUCAGCCUUGAGGAUGGAGCGAGGGCGUUUGCGCUUGCCGGAAAGGGAGUCGACGAGGAUGGAAAGCCAGUUGUCAAGGUUAUUAUUCAGGGCCCCAGCGAACAUGCUAAGGCUAGCCUUUGA